ACUCUUGGCAUUCUCUCAACCAGCUUGAUGAGCGACAAUGCACGCACUGUGUUUGGGGACGUUACCCUCCUCUUCACCGGACACGCCCGCUUCCCUUCCAGCUGAGUUCACUCGUGUUCGGUUACCAGAGACCUUCAGAAGUGAUUCCUUUGGGAAGGAAAGACCGCAAAUCACUCCCGAAAGGACAGGAGCAACGAACGGAUCUAUGGCCUAUUGGAGGUUCUGCCUCUUCUGCGGACUUCCUUGCUUCCAUCUCCUCACGCGCUCUGAGAGAGAUUUCUGAAGAAAAUAAAGCAACAGUAGGCUAGAGGAAGAAAGAAAAGUUGUUUGAUUGGUUGAUGCCUGUUUCUCUUCUCUAAAAUGUCGGCUCUUUUUUUAAGUGACGUUUACUGAUUUAUGGGAGCGCUCCUUGAACCAGAAGACACCCAGCGCCUCUCAUCCUUUUCGCCCUCCACCUCAUCGCUUUCACAUGAUGGUCCAGGAUAAUUUUUCUUCUUCACAAGAGUUGUUGAAGCACAGCUCACUAACGCCUGGAUGUUGACAGCUCCCUUUCCACCUCCACGAGCAGACCUUCAUCUCGUUCAUAUUUCUCUCUCUCUCCUUUCUGAGAGAAAAUUUUAAAAAAUAAGUGAGAAACACCGCGCCACUUGCGCGCCAACAAUCUCUCUUUCCGUCUACGUGAUCAAAAGCCACGGGGAAGGAAGACAAAAAAAGCGAGCGAGAGAGGGAGCUAGAGGGAUAUAGUGAGUGACGGGAGGAGGAAACGUGUGUUUUGAUGUUUGGGAUCCAGGAGAACAUCCAGAGGAGCGGGAGUGUUAUGAAAGAAGAGCCAAUGGUGGCCGGGAUGAACGCAGUGCGGAGCUGGAUGCAGGGCGCCGGGCUGCUGGACUCCAUCACAGCCGCCCAGAGCGGAGUGGCUCUAGCCCGGGCACAUUUCGAGAAACAACCGCCCUCCAACCUUCGCAAGUCCAACUUCUUCCACUUCGUGCUGGCUCUGUACGACAGACAAGGGCAGCCGGUGGAGAUAGAGAGAACCAGAUUCGUUGGAUUUGUUGAAAAGGAAAAGGAAACGUCAGGGGAAAAGACCAACAAUGGGAUACAGUACAGGCUACAGCUCCUAUACAGCAAUGGUAUCAGGACAGAACAGGACUUUUACGUGCGCCUCAUCGAUUCCAUGACCAAACAGGCGAUCACCUAUGAGGGACAGGAUAAGAACCCUGAAAUGUGUCGGGUUCUAAUGACUCAUGAGAUCAUGUGCAGUCGGUGUUGUGAUAAGAAGAGUUGUGGCAACAGAAACGAGACACCCUCUGACCCCGUCAUCAUUGACAGGUUCUUCCUCAAGUUCUUCCUGAAGUGCAACCAGAACUGUCUGAAGAACGCAGGGAACCCACGAGACAUGAGACGCUUUCAGGUGGUGGUGUCUACUACGGUGAGUGUGGAAGGUCAUGUCCUCUCUGUCUCUGACAACAUGUUUGUCCACAACAACUCUAAACACGGUCGCCGGGCCAGGAGACUAGACUCCUCAGAAGGAACACCCUCGUACCUGGAGCAUGCCACUCCCUGUAUCAAGGCGAUCAGCCCCAGUGAGGGCUGGACUACAGGCGGGGCCACAGUCAUUAUCAUAGGAGAAAACUUCUUUGAUGGACUCCAGGUCAUAUUUGGUACCAUGCUGGUCUGGAGCGAGCUGAUCACAGCCAACGCCAUCCGGGUGCAGACUCCCCCCAGACACAUCCCCGGGGUCGUAGAGGUCACGCUGUCAUACAAGUCUAAACAGUUCUGCAAGGGCACGCCUGGACGCUUCAUAUACACAGCGUUGAAUGAGCCCACUAUAGAUUACGGCUUCCAGAGGUUACAGAAGGUCAUCCCCAGACAUCCAGGAGACCAGGAGAGACUACCUAAGGAAGUCAUUCUAAAGAGAGCGGCAGACUUGGUAGAAGCACUCUACGGGAUGCCACACAAUAACCAGGAGAUGUUUCUGAAGCGGGCAGCAGACAUGGCAGAGGCAUUGUAUACGACGGUGCCACACGGUCACAACCAGUUGACCGGGCUGGGCAGCGGCUCCGUCCACGCCGGCAUGAUGGCAGUCAACUCCUUCCCCGGGUCAGAGGUCACACAGACAGCCAAUCAGGGUUACAGUAGGAGUAGCAGCAGUGUAUCUCCUCAUGGUUAUGUCCCCAGCACCACUCCACAGCAGACCAGCUACAGCUCUGUGUCCACUAGCAUGAACGGCUACACUAACUCUGGCAUGACCACGCUAGGAACCUCACCCAACUUCCUCAACGGGUCAGCCGCCAACUCACCCUACGCUAUCGUUCCCUCCAGUCCCACCAUGGCCUCCUCCACCAAUCUUCCCUCUAACUGCAGUAGUUCUUCAGGUAUCUUCUCCUUCUCUCCGGCCAACAUGGUGUCUGCUGCGGUCAAACAGAAGAGCGCCUUCGCCCCCGUUGUACGGCCGCAGACCUCCCCUCCACUCACCUGCACCAGCGCUAUUGCUAACGGACUGCAAGUAGAUCAGUCUUUUGUGGACUCCUCCUCCAGCUCUCUACAGGGUCUGUCCUUCUCCUGAAUGAUUCCCAGGAUGAUUGUUCCAUCCAUGUAGAUCUGUGAACGUUGAGAAUUUGGGAAUGUUGACAGGGAGAGAACAUGUCUGACGUGUCUCUGUGUUACACUCCACCCCUCUGCACCUGAACAGAACACUGAACUCAAAAUGGAAGCCUUGUUAAAUACGGGCCUUUCUAGAAGGAAUCUCAUUGGAAGGAAGAAGGAAGAAGAAGAGGACAAAAAUAACAUUUUUUGAUGUCAUUUCCUUCCCGGUGAAUUUGUGAAAAAAUAAAGUUAUUUAAAUUGAAUUGAAUUGAAUUUAAUUUAAUGUAAUUUCAUUGAGGAAGGACUGUAAAUGUCUCAUGACCCUUUCCACACCACAAUUGAGUGACAAUAUUACUGACCUCAUGGCCCUGACCACACCACAAUUCAGUGACAAUAUGACUGACCUUUUUUAUUUAUUUUUAUGCAUAUUUAUUGGUAUAAUGUUUAAGUAUGAUAUGUUGUAUGCCUUCUUCACAUACAAACAACACUGAAGCUGAUUGUCUAUAAUGGUUUGUGUAAGUGGAUAGCUCUAACAUGACUGGAUAGGAGUUAACAUGGGUUGUAACAAAGCUGUCUCAUAUCAGUUUACAUUUAGUAACUGUAAAUAAUUACUGUAUAGCCUCAAAACACAAUUAAAAUUAUAAUGUCCAUAUACUGGAUGGUCAGUCCUUGCAACCAUAGCCCUGUCUAUGAAUUUGAGAGUGGUUACAUUUCUCCAUCUCUCAGCUUUUUACUGAAACUGGUGGGGACCAUCCUUUGUUAUUUUUUCAACUGCGGAUUGUCCCUUUAAAGGAUUCAAACAGACUAAGCUGGAAGAUAACUUCUACAAUUGUUGCUUCUAACUUAUCACAGAAAUAGAAUCAGAGACGUGCAAUUCCCUUUUAGUUUCAAUCAGAAAAUAAAUUUUUAUGAAAUAUCAGAUUAGAAGUACAAUUUAUGUAAUAUAUUUGUGUGUAUAAAUAUCAAAAUGAUGGGUUUAUGAUUUAUUUUACUUUGUUUUACCAAAGUUAUACUUUAAAAUAUAAUAUAAACAUUAAUAUAUCUUAAUGCAGCUCUCGACACAGAUGGUCAUUUCACUGUCAAGCUCUUAUCAUCUAUACUUUGCAAAAAUAGAAGCACGGAUUUGGAUACAAAACAGGGAUUUCUGUAUAAAGUUAUCAUUUAAAUAAUGUAUUUAUCUUUUGAAUUUGUACAUUUUACAUUGCUUCUUGACCCUAAUUCUAGUUUGUUCUGUGUUAGUUUAAAAGUGUCCAAGUGUCACAGAGUUAUGUUUUGUCACCCACUAUUUAAAUGUGAUCUCACAUAUUUUAUUUUGUGCCUAGUUUAUUUGGUGCUGUAUUGUCUAGCCAUGCAUCCAUUUGUUAUUUCCCAUCCAAAAAUGUUGUCUAUUUUUUAUUUAUUUGUAGGUUAAUAAAACUUU